AUGUUAACAUGUCUCUUGAACAAGUGCAACCUGGGGGAUGCUGGUGUACAAACCCCUUGUCAACGAUGCAACGAAAAAGGGCUGCAAAGUGAAUGCACAGGACUUGAGCUCACGGAAAAAGCCCAAGCCCGAAAAAGGAAACUUGCAGCAACCGACAUCGAUAAUGACAAGACAUGUGAAUAUUUGCCGCUAGAAGUCUUCUGGCUGGAGAGGCUGAUGAAAUACUCAAAGUCUGCACUCACCAUUCAUUGGGAAACAUGGGACCUUCUCGACCGGGAGUAUUAUGAACCACCGAAAGUUGUUGAAGUGCUCAAAAAGAUCGAAGAGAAUCGAGCCCUGGUUGGAUCUAGAGUCAAAACCUGUGCAAAUACUCCAUCUUUAGCGAAUUCGCUUGACUUUUUAUCGAAGUUUUCCAACACUUACUACUCCUGGGACACAGAACGGGAAGUAAAACUUGGGUUCCAGCCUCAUUGGUUUAUCGGCGAAACGGAAACCACAUUCCCCAAACCUCGGCCUCACCAGCAAGCCAACCUUGCCCUUCAUGCCCUCAGAGUGCAAGAAAGUCGACUCCUCCAGGAUUCGAGUCUACUGUCAGAAGAAUCUGAGCUAUCAGCUUAUGCCCAGAAGUACAGUGAAGUGAUGCACUACCUAAGGACUAUUGCAAAGUGUACCAUGCCACCAUUACCUUGGACACAUAAUCUACUAUCACUAAUUGAGGUGAGACAACAAAGGAGACUAUUAAUCUCAAAGUUCCCAGCUAUAGAGGAGAAGGAUAUGUUUGGCCGAUCUCUGCUACAUUUGGCGCUUGAUCUCAGUGUAGGUGACGACGCUGUACACCUGCUCAGUAGUGCCGCUAAUGAGCCCGACGCCUGGGGUCGUCUUCCUCUACACAUCGCCUCCUUCACUGGCUGUAUUGAUUUAACCACACGUUUGAUCUACGACCAGACGGAAAUUCAGAUGGAGGAUAACUGCGGUUUGCAACCUCUCCACUACGCUAGUGCUGCUGGGCACGUGGACAUUGUGAAUCUGUUGAUUGGCAAAGCUGAAAUUGACCCAGAAGACAGCCAUGGCAGGACGCCUCUCAUCUAUGGUGCCAUGAACGGACAUAUAGCAACAGCUAGUGUGCUUCUUGAGAAUGGGGCUGAUAUUGAGUCCUACGAGUGGAGCUGGACACCGCUGCUGUAUGCUAUCAAUGGUGGACGAGUGGGCAUUGUUGACUUGCUCCUCCGUAAGGGCGCCGACGUUGAGCCAAUGAUGGAAACUGAAACGUUCAUGUCACACCCUUUGAGGAGAAAACAUCUUGGCGUUAUCGAGCUGCUUCUUGAACGGGGGGCAGUGGAGGAGAUCCGUCGAUUUAGUGACGAAAACCUCCUGCUUUGGGCGGCCAACAAGGGACAUCAUCGCCUCAUUCGUCAACUCAUUUUUCACAAAGAAUUUCAAACGCCCAUCUCUACCAACGGUAUCACUGCCCUUUCAUAUGCCUCUGAAGAAGGAAAUCACGAAAUCGUGGUGGAAUUGCUCGAAAACGGAGUGGACCCCAACAAAAGGUGCAACGGUCGUGAGCUACCGUUGUCAUACGCUGUGGCGCGAGGACACGUAAGUGUCACGAAAGAGCUACUCAAACACGAUGCCAACCCAAAUGCAAAAUCUGGUAUAGAUAUGGAUGGUCAAAUGAUUCUCGUCAACGCAUUUGAGCUACGAAAUCCGGAUAUCAUUGACCAUCUUGUUGCUUGGGGGGCCGAUGUCAGCGCUAAUGGUUCUCGUGGCUGA